UGAGGAGGGGUUGUCCUCUUGAUCGCCUGGAGGACCCCAGAGGUUCCACUGUCCUUCUGAAAAACCAAAAGAUCACCUUCCACCCUAAAGAACAAAGACACCAACAGCAACACCGAGGCGUCACCCAACUCCAGCCUCAGACUGUCCAACUGCACCUCAGACCAGGCAAACCGCAGACCUUUGAGGUAAAGUUCAAACGUGUGGAGGACUACCCCAUAGACCUGUACUACCUGAUGGACCUCUCCUUCUCCAUGGAGGACGACCUACCCAACGUCAAGAAGUUGGGGGCCGACCUCAUGGAAGAGAUGAGGAAUACGACCAGUGACUUCAGAAUGGGCUUUGGUGCAUUUGUGGACAAGACGGUGAUGCCGUACAUCAGUACCGCGGAGGACUUGCUCAGGAACCCCUGUAAGAGGACCGAGCCCUGGCCCUGCGCCCCUCCCUUCAGCUACCGCCACGUCCUGAGCCUCACCGCCAACGGAUCCCUGUUCACGGAGCUGGUGGGGAAGAUGCGGAUCUCUGGCAACCUGGACUCACCAGAGGGAGGACUGGAUGCCCUGAUGCAGGCUGCUCUGUGUGAGGAGCAGAUCGGCUGGAGGAAUGUGACGCGUCUGCUGGUGUUCUCCACAGAUGCUGGCUUCCAUUUUGCUGGAGACGGCAAACUGGGCGGCAUUGUACUUCCCAAUGACGGAAAGUGUCACUUGUAUAAGAAUGUGUACACCAGAGGAAAUUCACAGGAUUAUCCUUCUGUGGCUCACGUCGCCGAAACACUAAGACAGAAGAACAUCCAGAUCAUCUUCGCUGUCACCGAAGACGUCGCGCACUUGUACGAGGGCCUAAGAAGCAUCUUCCCAAAAUGUGCAGUCGGAACGCUUUCCAACAAUUCCCACAACAUCCUGCAGAUAAUAGUUGAAGCCUAUAAUGCACUGACCUCUGAGGUUGUUAUGGAGAACAGCAAGCUGCCGCCGGGCUAUCACAUCUCCUAUACUUCACACUGUAAGGACCACAAGCUGAGGCGGGGGGAGCGGGGGAGGAGGUGUUCCAACAUCUUCGUCGGUGACGAGGUGAGCUUUAAUGUAAGCAUUACAGCACCUCUGUGCGUGACUGCUUCACAAAGACCAGCCCGUGUUGUUAUUAAGCCCCAAGGCUAUAGUGAAGAGGUUGAGGUCCUGCUGAGCCCCAUAUGCAACUGCUCGUGUCAAAAGGAUGUGGUCCCACACAGUGCUUCAUGUAGCCAUGGGAACGGCACUCUGGAGUGUGGCUCAUGCAGAUGUAAAGAGGGGAGAGUCGGAACAUUUUGUGAGUGUGAUCAAGCAGAGUCGGGCGAGGUGGUUGACUCAUACCUUUGUCGCCAUGAUAAUGCGUCAGAAGUGUGCAGUGGACAAGGAGAGUGUGUUUGUGGGAAGUGUGUUUGUCGGAAAAGCAGCAAAAAGCCUAACCAGGCUUACUAUGGGCAGUUCUGUGAAUGCAGCGAUUUCAGCUGUGAUCAGUACCGGGGACGGCAGUGUGGAGGGCAGGGCAGGUGUGUCUGUGGGGUGUGCGAAUGUCACCCAGGAUUUAGUGGUCGAGCGUGCGAGUGCCCUCUCAGCGUGGAGUCUUGUCUGUCACAGAAUGGAAAGGUUUGUGCGGGCAGAGGGGUCUGCCACUGUGGCGCAUGCAGUUGCCACGACAACCGCUUCCAAGGUCCAACUUGUGAGCUUUGCCCUUCUUGCCCCAGCAUCUGCACCUUGCACAGAGAAUGCAUCUUGUGCAAGGCCUUCUCACUGGGCUUAAAUCCAAGGGAGUGUGAGGCAAAUUGCGCUCAUCUGAACUUCACUCUAGUAAGGCAGGCUGGUGGCUUAUCAACAGUAACCCCCUCUCCAGGUCUCCACAGGUGUAUGGAAGUGGAUGCAGAGGGCUGCAGGGUUCACUUCUUGUUGAGGACAGGACAAAAAGAAGGCUCUGCACACGUUCACGUAGCUCUUAAAAGAGAUUGCCCGUCAGGUCCGAACGUGAUCCUGAUUACUGCAGUGCUAUCAGCCUCUGUUGUGGUGCUGGGUGUGGCUUUGUUGCUGCUAUGGAAACUACUCACCAGCAUCCAUGACCGCAGGGAGUUUGCCCGCUUCCAGAGAGAGCUGGAGCAGAGACGCUGGAACAGGAGGGACAACCCCAUCUACAGGAGUGCCAUCACGACGACUGUCAACCCGAAAUAUAAAGAACAGUGAGAGCAGCUAUGGAAAAGAGAUCUACUUUUUCAAUCAGGAUCCCUGUUGUGCAGCACAAUGAAACAACAUCCUUCAUCUGAACUGUUGUCAGCAGUUGGUCCAACCUGUUUGGUAGCAGGGGGAAACAGAUGUUGAUGUCUGACUUACUCUCCUUUGAUCUCAAUAUGCAACCCCGGACUGCCAGUCUCCAACCCUUCCCUUCCCUUUCCCUGCAUGCUCUGCACGCACACAGAUUCAAACAGCAUCAAGCACAUAAACUGCUUCUUACACAGGGUUAGUUGUCUGUGGGAUACAUGCAAAGUUAAUGGCCUCGCAUUAUUAAAAUCCUAAAAAGAUAAUUACGCAUAGUGUAAUGUCUUGUAAGGCAUAAGGAAAAUCUUCCAUAUAUAUGCUGAUGGUUGGCUCAGCUGUGUAACUUAGGUCUCAGAAGGCAAGAGAUGGUGAGGUGAGCAUUCUGCAUUCUGCACUGUAAUGCUGUUGGAAACACAUGUCUUUACAUGGGUCUCCACUGCCCUCUAGAUGAGAAAAGAAGAAAGUGUCAUCUUGAUGGAAAUGAUGAGGCAGCCUCACACUCAUUUACAGUUCACCAUAGUCAGAGAAGAUGCUAUUUUUGACACCAACACGAAACACAGACUCUCUGUGCUUUUGUAUUCCCGUAGGCCACCGUGAAUUCGUCAAAUAGAACAUUGCAGAUGUGACACGGCGCAAUAUAGUGUACAACUUUUAAAAAGAGUAGCAAGUGUACGUGCCAGCCACUUUACCAGUGCAUUGGGCUGAAUCGUGUAAGCGCAGAAAAAAAACAAUGGGAUGUUCAAAUCUAAAUGGAUAUUAGGGUUUUUUCACUGCCUACAGAUGGCUGCUGAUGACCUUGCUGGGAGAGUUGAGCAAAGUAAUAUUAAUCAUAGCGAUGCCUCCUCCACUCCCAGAGUCACUGGGCAGGCGUGCAUGCAGCUUUAACAGCCAGUGGGAGGUGGUGGUGGAUUAUCAGAGAAAAUGACUCCAUAUGCUUCCACUAUGCAGCAUUCUCUUUCAUCUGUGUCUGAUCAUGAAAAAAAUAAAAAAAAAAUAAAAAAAAAUGUGCGGUGCAAAUAUUACAGCAUCAGAGGAGGCAGCAGAGGCAGCCCUGCCCUGCGACAAGACUCAUGUGAAGGGGGCAGGGAUGGGGGUGGAGGGAGGUGACCAGCCCUGGAGACAGUUACAUAACAAAUACUGCAACCAUUUUUGAGAAAAAAAACAAAACACACACACACACACACAAAAAAAACCCUGUAGCAUUUCAUCACUUGUUAGCCAGUGAAAUAAAUGAUUUGAAAUAAAUUAAUGGCACUUUC